CUCUCAAAAAGUCAAAAAGAUGGAAGAUCUGGAUCUAAAGAAGGACAGAGCAGAACCUCCAGGAUCCAUCAGUCCAUCUAUGAGGAGUGACCGGUCCAAACAUGAUCCUCCAGACUUCAGUAAUGAACCUGGACCCUCAGACAGAAAGAGCAGCUUUAGUGAUGAGGAGUUGUGCUGUGCUUUGGGUCAGAAUGUUCUGAUGGAUCCGGGCUGGACCAGCUGCCCCCAGUGUGGGAAACAACCCAAAACAGGAUCUAGACCGACAGCCAAUCAGAGCAGCCGUGCUCCAGCAGAUGUUGGUCUGCAGGAGGUUCUAGAGGAACAUAAGAUCAGUCUGAGGAGAAGAUGUGAAUGUGUGACUGAAGGAAGUGAUGAAACAGGAAGUAGAACCCUCCUCAAUAGGAUCUACACUGAUCUCUUCAUCACAGAGGGACAGAGUGACGAGGUUAACACCCAGCAUGAGGUGAAGCAGCUGGAGAGAGCUUCCAAGUUCCAGAACCUCCAUGUUUCUGCAAUCAGGAUCCACGACCUUUUUAAAGCCUUCCCUGAUCAACAUGGACCCAUCAGAGUGGUUCUGACCAACGGCGUUGCUGGUGUUGGAAAAACCUUCUCAGUGCAGAAGUUCACUCUGGACUGGGCUGAGGGCUUGGAGAACCAAGAUGUCAGUGUGGUGGUUCUGCUUUCGUUCAGGGAGCUGAACUUGAUCAGAGAUCAGCGGCACAGUCUUCUCUCACUGCUCCAUGUUUUCCAUCCAACACUCCAGAAGCUCCCAGCAGAGCAACUGGCUAAAUGCAAACUCCUCUUCAUCCUUGAUGGUCUGGAUGAAAACAGACUUUCACUGGACUUCAACAACAGUCAUCUGGUUUCUGACGUCACACAGAAAUCAUCGGUUAAUGUUCUGCUGACAAACCUCAUCAAGGGGAACCUGCUUCCCUCGGCUCUCAUCUGGAUAACUUCCAGACCUGCAGCGGCCAAUCAGAUCCCUCCUUCAUGUGUUACCAGGACAACAGAAGUACGAGGCUUCACCGAUGCCCAGAAGGAGGAGUACUUCAGGAGGAGGUUCAGUGAUGAAGAGCUGUCCAGCAGAAUCAUCUCCCACAUCAAGACCUGCAGGAGCCUCCACAUCAUGUGUGGAAUCCCAGUCUUCUGCUGGAUCACUGCUACAGUUCUGGAGAACAUGGUGACCUCAGAGCAGAGAGGAGAGCUGCCCAAGACCAUGACUGACAUGUACUCUCACGUCCUGCUGGUCCAGACAAAGAGGAAGAAGAACAAGUACCAUGGAGGACAUGAGACAAGUCCACAGGAGCUGAUGGAGGCUGACAGGGAAGUUCUUCUGAAGCUGGGGAGGCUGGCGUUUGAACAUCUGGAGAAAGGAAACAUCAUGUUCUACCAAGAAGACCUGGAGCAGUGUGGUCUGGAUGUCACAGAGGCCUCAGUGUACUCAGGAGUUUGUACAGAGAUCUUCAAGAGAGAGAGUGUGAUCUUCCAGAAAUCAGUCUACUGCUUUGUUCAUCUGAGCAUCCAGGAGUUUCUGGCUGCAGUCUACAUGCUCCACUGCUUCACCAGCAGGAAGUCAGAGGAGAUCAAGACGUUCCUGGGAGACGAAUACAGAGAAACAUCUCUAGAUGAGUUCAUGAAGAAAGUCAUGGAGAAAUCCCUCAGCAGUGAAAAUGGCCACCUGGACCUGUUUGUCCGCUUCCUUCAUGGUCUCACUGUGGAGUCCAACCAGAGACUCUUAGAAGAUCUGCUGGGUCAGACUAAGACCAGUCCAGAAACCAUCCAGAGAAUCAUCACCAACCUGAAGAAGAUGAACAUCACCAACCUGAAGAAGAAGAACACUGAUAGAAUCUCUGCUGCCAGAAGCAUCAACAUCUUCCACUGUCUGGUGGAGAUGAACGACGUCUCAUUUUAUCAGGAGAUCCAACGGCUGCUGGAUUCAGGGAAGGAGCUCUCAGAGACUAAAUGUUCAGCUCUGGCCUUCAUGCUGCAGAUGUCAGAGGUUCUGGAUGAGUUGGACCUGGAGAAGUACAAAACCUCAGAUAAAGGACGACUGAGACUGGUUCCAGCUGUGAGGAACUGCAGAAAGGCUCGACUUGGUGACUGUUUGAUCCAAAAGGAUGAAUGUGAAGUUUUGGCCUCGGCUCUGAAGUCCAACCCAGAUCUGACUGAACUGGAAAUAAAUCAGAUCAACAUAUAUGAAGGUGGAGAAUCUGAUAUGAAGCAUCUGGUUGAGAUCCUGGAGAAUUCAGUCAGUAAAGUGAAGAUUCUGACUGAUAUCACAGCGAGCACGGAUUCCUGUAAAAUGGACAAGAGGGAGACUAAGGGAUCCCGUCAAAGACGCAUUGCCGCUGAAACGAAUUCUGGUUCGGGUGAGCCCCGGAUGGAGGGGAUGCCGCUGGGGAGCAGCGAGAGUGGAUCAGAUACACCGCUCAGUGAGGCAACAUUCACCAAAGCGCUGCAAGGUCUGAAACAAGAUAUCUGUGAUACUCUUGACUCGAGGAUGGACGCUCUAACUCUCACACUGAGGUCGGAAGUUGCGUCCGUGAAGGCUGAGCUCAAAGCUAAUAUAAACUCCAUCCAGACCCUGUUGAAACUCAAGGAGCCACCAUCAAAGAGCUCGAGAUCUCUGCCACCACUUGCAGUGACGAUUUGA